GGGCGGAGCAGUAUCCGCGGUUGUUGUUCUGGUCCUAGUUGUAUUGGUGAUCUUCUUUAUGAGACGAAGACAGGCAGCGUGUUUCAAAAAGGACACAGAAAGCAUUACACAUACUUCCAGUGACCAAUUCGGUGAAAUGGGGACGAUGCAAACAAGGGAAAAACCUGUUGCUGUUUACAAACCUGGUCCAGUUAAACUGACUGAGUUUCCAGACUUUGUAGAGAAAAUGCACAAGGACAGUGAUCUUCUCUUUGCUGAUGCUUACAAGGCUAUUAAGGAAAAAAGCCCUAAACAUCCUUGUACAGUUGCUGAAUCUCAGAACUGCAGAGCGAAAAAUCGAUAUACCAACAUUCUGUCAUUUGACCACUCUCGAGUAAAACUUCGGCCGUCAGACGAUGUUGACGGAUCCGACUUUAUAAAUGCAAAUUACAUACCGGGCUACACAUCCCCAAGCGAGUAUAUUGCCACCCAGGGUCCGAUGCUGGCGACGUUUGACGACUUCUGGCGAAUGGUAUGGGAACAAAAUGUUGACACCAUUGUUAUGCUGACGAAACUCGUGGAAAAAGGAAGGAUUAAGUGUGAUAAGUACUGGCCGGAUGUGAAUGAACCAGUUUAUUACGGGGACCUGGUUGUCUCGGUGACGUCAGAGUCUAACCUCUCCGACUACACACUUAGAAUAUUCGAAAUCAAAAUGAAGGGGGAACGGCGUUCUGUCCGUCAGUUCGCUUACCUGAAGUGGCCAGAUAUGGGCUGCCCUGAGGAUCCGGAAAUGCUUCUGGAGUUCGUAAAGUCAGUGAAAGAGCACAACAAGCGCCCAGGUGGCGCACAAAAUGCUGGGCCCAUGAUUGUGCACUGCAGCGCUGGUGUGGGUCGGACGGGGACGUUUAUCGUGGUGGACCACGUACUGCAGCACAUUCGAGACCAUGACGAAGUGGACGUGUACAAACUCGUGCUUGAUAUGAGAAACCACCGAUGCAACAUGGUCCAAACUGAGGACCAGUUCAUCUAUAUCCACGAGUGUCUGAAGGCGUUUAUAACCUCUGACGAGGAUGACGAAGAGGAGGAGCCGGAAGAUGAACACCUGUACGAAAAUACACGUAUGGGGGAAGAUAAUAUCUACGAAAACACGGCAUACCAGAACGAUUCAUUAUAA